AUGCUCGGUAGCUACAAGCUCUUUGCCACUGCGAUUUGGGUUCCGCCUCUCUUCGCUUUCGCCGGCUUCCUCAUUAGCAGCCUCUACUGGGUGUUUGACAAUCUGCUGGCUGUGAAGGCAGAGGAUCGGUCACCGUCGUUGGUGCAAACUCUGGCUGCUGUUGCAUGCUUUACCGCCAACUAUUGGGCCAGUGGCUUCAUGUCAUCAAGCGGGCUGGGAACAGGUCUGAUCUCCUUCGUGCUGGCCCUGUGGGCUGUUGCCGCCUGGCGAGCCUUCGACGGCACGACCACCGGUCUCGUGGUCGCCGUGAUGACCGCUGUUGGCGGAACUCUCAUUGAGGUUUGUCUCAUCAAUGCGCCCUGGUGGGACCUCUACGCUUACUCGAAGGCCGAUCUCUGGGGAGUGGACAGCUGGAUUCCCUGGGUGUACUUCUGCGGCGCUCCGGCCGUGGGCAGCCUUUCCAGACUCAUCCGCAAUCGCGUGGCGCCGUAG